CACUUUCAGUAGGUGUCGCUCUAUCGCCAAAACGAAGAAAAAUCGGUCUAUUUUCAAGUUAUUAGAUAACCUUCAAAUGUUUUAUUUUUAUUGAACAGAUAACAAGUUGUCGAACUUACAAAGUGUCGUGAAUUUUGGAUAAAAAUCUGAUAAUUAAUGAUCUAAUACAUAAUCAUGAACACUUUAAAUAAAAUUACAGCUUUGAGUUCUUCUGUUCCCAAAAAUGCAAGAUUUAUCGCUACAACAAGUUCUUGUUUAAAUGCUGAUGAUGGAUGGCUAUCGAAACUUCUGGUGCGAAAAAUCGAACCGACCAAAGAAUCUCACAGUCGUAUGCUUAGCGACAAGGAGAUUGUAUAUGCCUUACAUACGCAUAACAUUAGGCCGGACUCAGUUGAUAAAUAUUUAAAAAACUAUGCCACUUCUGUGGCAUUUGUAGAAUCCCGGAAAGCAGACCUUGGCUGUGAACUAGUAGGAUCAUGGACAGUGUCUGUGGGAGACAUGGAUCAAGCUCUACACUUAUGGCGGUAUGUUGGUGGCUUCGAAAAGAUUGACAAGGCCAAAAUAUUGUUCAAGGAAAAUCCUGAAUAUCGGGCACUAGAGAAGGAGCGAGGAAACUUUGUAAGGUCUCGUCACCUGCAAUAUUUACUCGCCUUCAGUUUUUGGCCCUCGGGCGAGCCCCGCACACCCAAUAAUAUCUAUGAAAUUCGAUCCUACAGCUUGAAGCCAGGAACUAUGAUAGAGUGGGGCAACAAUUGGGCUCGUGGUUUGACCUACCGCCGCGCUAAGAACGAAGCCUUCGCUGGAUAUUUCUCGCAGAUUGGGCGGCUUUACAACGUACAUCAUAUUUGGUGUUACAAAGACCUUCAAGCUCGACGUGAAACGCGUGAGAGUACAUGGCGUAACCCGGGUUGGGACGAAUGCGUCGCGUACACGGUCCCACUCAUUCGGGAAAUGCAUUGCCGCAUCCUGGAACCUACUGAAUUCUCACCCACAAAGUAAUUUGAAGUGUCAGUUGAAUGAUUGCAGUUACAUUUAAUGAGUAGCUUUUCAUUAUUCGAAUUUCAAAAUAUAUAUAUGUCAACAGCUACCGUCAAACAAAAAAUAUCUUUUUUAUAUUAGGCUCAACUACACGUCUUAUUCACAGAGAUAUUAAUUGGCUUCUUAAUGUAUAAGUGUGCAAAGUGAAGUAAUAUUUAGGUACACAUUAUAUGUAAUUAAAGCAAUCAUAUUUUUUUAUAUAAUUUGUUUGCAGCAACUAUGUAAGAAUUACACAAAGAAAUUGUUACCUAUUCUUUACCUCAUGGUACGAAUAGGGCAACUGGAUUAUAUUUUGUCAUCUUGCCAUAGUGUCACACGCCUAUCUGAUCUGGUAGUAAAACUGUUU